UCGGAGAGGGGACUGCGGACGCGCGGCUUGGCCAGGGGCAGGAGUGGCCACCGGGCACCGGGGAGGAGGCAGGGAACGCACCGGGCACGGGGCACCGCGAGGGGGGAGACACGAGGCGAGUCUAUCAGAGGGCAGGCCCGGGAGAGCCCCCUUCCUUCUGGUCCUCAGAACCCGAGUCGAGAAGAGAUCCCGCUGUUCUCAGAAGCCCUUCAUGGUAGGAAACUAUGUCCAGGCAAUUCCUGUGUAUGCUGAAGUUUCUCGGGGGAUCCACCAACCAGAGGGUGUGCACACUCUUCGCCAUUACUUUCAAGCUUGCGUUCCUGGUCUCCAUCAUGGUCUACUGGAUGGCAGAAUCCAAACACAAGGACCAGCUACUCAGCUUGCCUCUGGAGGUCAAGUGCCCCCCUGUGCUCUCUUCACCUCCUCCUCUCCUCCUGGGUGAGCCCCCUACCCCACCAGGGGAGAUCUUCUUUGUGGAGACUUCUGACCGGACCAAUCCAAGCUUCCUCUUCAUGUGCUCAGUGGAGUCGGCCUCCAGGAUUCACCCGGACACCAGGAUUGUUGUCCUCAUGAAGGGCCUGGUUGGUCGGAACUCUACCCUACCCAAGCACCUGGGCAUCUCUCUACUGAGCUGUUUCUCCAAUGUGGAAUUCCAGCCACUGGACCUGACUGACCUUUUUGAGGGUACCCCUUUAGCCCGCUGGUAUGCCUCCAUCAACCAGAGAUGGCAUCCAUACCUUCUGCCCAUCCUUUCUGAUGCUGCUAGGAUAGCCAUCAUGUGGAAGUUUGGGGGGAUUUAUUUGGACACAGACUUCAUUGUCCUUAAAAAUUUGAAGAACUUCACCAAUGUCCUGGGCACUCAGUCCAAGUAUGUGCUGAAUGGGGCCUUCCUUGCCUUUGAGCCCAAGCAUGAGUUCAUGAAGCUCUGCAUGCAGGACUUUGUGGAUCAUUACAACGCCUGGAUCUGGGGCCACCAAGGCCCCCAGCUCUUGACCCGAGUCUUCAAAAAGUGGUGCGGCAGCAGGAGCCUCCAAGAUCACCAGAGCUGCAAAGGGGUUCGAACCUUGCCACAGGAAGCCUUCUACCCCAUCACAUGGCAGAACUGGAAGAAGUACUUUGAAGACAUCAGCUCACAGGAAUUCCAUACGCUGUUGAGUAAGACCUACGCCGUCCACGUGUGGAAUAAGAAGAGCCAGAGCGUCAGCUUUGAGGUCACGUCCAAGGUGCUGCUGGCACGACUCUACUCCCGAUACUGCCCUGUGACAACAGAGGUCAUGAAAAUGUAUCUCUGAAGGGCCAAGGAGGACUCCAGUCUCCCAGUCCAUUGGCUCAACAUUAUCUGCCAUCUUUAUGAAAAGGAGCAACUGGGAUGGAAGGACCAUUCCAGCUAAGGAAAAUGUGAUGUUCUGUGGGUAGGGAAUUCUGGUUGGGUUGGAGACAGGAAGUGAUGGGCGCUCCUCCCAGCUGCACCUGUCCUGAGUCAGCAGGACUGUGAGUAUCCAAAAGAACAGAAUGAAGGAAAAGUCAUCAGCCUCGAAGCAAGGGAGGUGUUUGUCACAAGAGAUCAAAGACUUCGGGGCAAGGGAGGCAGAAAGUGCCCAGAGGAAGAAGAAGGAGAAAAGGGGGUUCAUGAAGUCUUAGAGGCCAAGUUUCUGGGGGAUUUCCUUCCAUUCUCCCAGGUCUCUCUAUUGAAAUGAACAUGACUUCUUCGGCUGAAGAUUGAAGGCUGAAAGUGGGAGCUCAUACGUUGGGGGUUGAGCUUUGGAGCUCCUAAGGGGGAAAGCCUCCCCAUCCUCGCUCCUGUCUUCCUCCAACCCCUACUCUGUCCCUUUUAGGAAUGGACCUGAGUCAACCAGCAUGGGGUCAGCCACUAACUUUGGGGGAGGGGGUCUUGAGAAAGGAGUUUGAGAAGAGACUCUGAGAAAACCUCUAACAUUCCCUCUCUCUGUUCCCCCCUUCCCACAUAUCACAUAAGACCAGGAGAAGAAAUAUAGCAGCAACAACAACAACAACAACUCAUCUUUUGACAUUGUUUGUAAAUCGCGUGAUCUCCCAGUUGAGCCUCCCAAUGGCCCGGGGAAGAAGAUGCUUUGUUAUCCCCAUUUCACAGGGAAGGAAACUGGGGCUUAGAGGGUUACAUGUGACUUACCUAGGGUCAUAGAGCUAAUAAGUACCUGAAGCAGGAUUUGAACACAGGUCUUCCCUACUCCAAGUCCAGGGCUGUGUCCACUAAAAAGACUGUCAGGCUCUAGCCUUGGGGCAAGGGGGUUGUUAUGCUACGCCAGACACUUUUCUUGCCAAGAGGCUUCCAAGCUCAGUAGAUACUCCUCCCCCAACCCUCUGCCAUUUAUCCCCCCACACAGAUCUUUUUGGGGGCUCACUGAGUGAACCCAGCCCUGUUUUCCCCAUGGACCCACUGACUUCGCUAGAUUCACAAGAGAAAGCUGGAGCCAACCCAAGGCAUCCAGGGGAGUCUCCGUCUGUCCAAGAAGGCAGAGAUUGGUUGCCUGCCUGGAUUUUGUUGGGAACUGUGAUCUUGGAAACAUUUCCCUAUUUGGUGUCCCAGUCUGGAAGAGGCUCCCCAAUAGUCAAGCAUUCAUGUAGGUGGCUCCUUGAAUGCCUGGAUGGGAAUCUGGGGCACAGCCAUUGCAUCUCCCUGGGUGGCUCCUGGGCUCACAGUGGAAGAAAGGCCAGUGAAGCCCCCUCCCCUCCUGAGUCUUCUCCACGUGGUCUUCAACAGGGGCUUCUCAAGAAGAUUUCUCCAGUGCUCUCCCUGAGUCUCCUCCCUAAUUUUUUGUUUAAAAUUUUAUUUUUCUUUGCAUUUCUUUUUUUUUUUUCCAGGGCAAUGGGGGUUAAAUGACUUGCCCAGGGUCACACAGCUAGUAAGUGUCAAGUGUCUGAGGCCGGAUUUGAACUCAGGUCCUCCUGAAUCCCGGGCUGGUGCUUUAUCCCCUGCACUACCUAGCUGGCCCUUUCUUUGCAUUUCUAAUGGAUGUCUUGUUUUUUAAUGAUAGGCAAACCGGAGGGAGAUAACUGAUCUGAGGACUAGGAAGUACCAUCUCUCAAAUGCUGUCUGUGUCAUCCUGGGCAAGUCAUUGUAAUUAGUCCCUCAGUCACUGCACCCCCUCCUCCAACUCUGGAAGUGGCAGAGAGUGGCAAUAUACAUUGGUAGAGAGACUCCUCAUCCAGGAGUUCCUAUGUCAAGGACUUCACAGGUCCAGUCCCUAUCCUCCAUCCUUGGCUCUGCAUUCUCCUUUGUCUGCUUUCCCCAAUGUUUCCUUCUCCUUUCCCUCUCUCAGAAAGCCAUCCCCUAUAACCAAGAAUAAACAAGAAAGCAGAACAAACCACCAGUAGAACAAAAGCAGCCAACACCAAUCAAGUCUGAAUUUCUAUUUCCUCCUGACCUGCCCCAGUGUCUUCUGUGCUGUGCAGCACCUACCCUGUGAGAAGCUAAGAAUGCCCUGCUUAACCUUGCCUAGCAGACCUCUCUCCUGAGGGUUGGCUGUCAUGUUCUUUUAGGGUUGAGUGGAACCUUUCCUAUCUCAGUUCCCAACUCUGGGUGGCCCAAAUAUGUUUGUACGUUUAAUUAAAAAAAAAAAAGGAAAAAAGUAAACAUCCUGAGGCUUAGGAAAAUGAACUCUUGUAACUACUAGAAACAAUUAAGAUCUGCCUGCAGGAGAAGAGAAGUCAGCCAAGUUGGAUGAGUCUCCCCAGGCUUCCCAGGAUGUCUCCCCCGUCCAUGGUGUGGGGCCCCAGGGAGUAGCUCAGAGCUAUGAGUAAUCAGUAACCCUGGCUCCUCACAUAACCUGUUCAUCCCAACUUCAGAGUCUGCUCCCCUACCAAAGCUGAAUCAGGCUAUCUUCAGGAGAGAAGAUAUGUAACAACUCUCUGUUAUUGUAGGGAGGUAGUAAGUCUGUUUUUUGUUUCUCCUGCCCCUGGUCCAAACAUAGGACAUGGGUAGGGGCUUGUGGGGUAUGGUUGGAAGUAGAUGAAGACCCAUAGAACAGCCCCACAUGUGAGAGUAUCUCAGGCAUCCAUAGAAUACACCUCACUUCCUACUACUGGGUUUUUUGGGGGAGGUGAGAGGUGGAGUCCAGAAUAUAACAUCCCUAUUCCCCAUAGCAUGGGAAAGAAGCCCAUGGAAACCCCACCAUUGUUGGGAAGUUCAUCGUGUUGCAAGUCUUUCCCUUGUCCCCUUCCCAGAUUACCUGGUGGAGAAAGAGGAUGGAGAAGCAUUAAGGGGAGUGAAGGACGAGGCCAGAGAAGAGCUUUCCUCCAUAGAUGCGUGUACGGUCCCUGCCGCCAUGUUUGAUCCCCUGCCUCUAGGGCUCUGUCUGGUCUUCAUUCCUGGUCAUCUUGUACCAUUGAGCUUCCCCUCUCUCCUACCCCUUGAUAUUGAGGCCAAACCCAGCAGUCUCCUUCCUGUCCUUGACUCUAGCUGAGCCACUUUGGUUGGCUUACAAGGUGGGUGGUGGGGGGCGGAGUCUGAAAUCUUCCAGAUUCUUUCUGAGAGGAAUCGGCCCAGAUCCAACUAGCCCUUCAUGGCUCCAUGACACCCCCAGUCCAGGAGGGUGCUGGGGGUUGGUUUUGCAGGUGUCCCAUGCAUCAACUUUUCUAGUUGCUAGACCCUAGAUCCUGAUUGAGGUUGGCUCCAAGACCGUGCAAUUGAAGAGGAGUGUGGAUGGUGGUCCCUUGCUGCCUGGGGGGCCAGGGUGCAAGGUGGGAGGCAGCUCAGCUCUGGGCUCCAUCACCUGAAAAGCCUCAGGCUUUUUUUUCAGGAAGGGCCCUGCAUCUGAAGCCAGAGGACCUCCACUCAAAUCCUGCCACUGCCACUUAUUCCCUUUGGGACCUCUGGCUGGUCACGUCACUUUCUGUACCUCAGUUUCCUCACCUACAAGAUGAGAGACUUCUGAGGUCCUUGUAGCUUCCAAUCAAGGAUGCUUUGCUUUUCUCUGGAGCUUUGAGAAUCUUGGGUGGAGGACUUGCACAUGGCCCCUGCCCCCACCCCAAAGCUGUUAUUUCAGCCCUGGUCAAAUGCUAGUGUCUCCUGGACCUUUCUCAUGAGCAGAUGUUAUUAUUUACAGAAUUAACUGAGUCACCCUUUUUGCCUUUUCUGUUUUAAAUAUUUAUUUGGGGGCGGGGCAGGGGGUAAUUGCUGGGUUUAUUUUUUUUUCUUUUCUACUUCCAUGAAAACAUUCCGUUCUGUGGCAUCUUGUUCCCCUGGCACAUGAUGGGUUUUGGCCUCUAAAUGAUUGGGCUGGGACUACAAUCAGAUUUAGCUGGAUCGAAAUAACAUUAGACUGAGCAUAAUAAACAAAUGUGAGCUGGCCAGGCAUCCAACAAUCUUUUUCAGGGAUUCAGUGGUGGGCUCAGAACUGGUUUAUCUCAUCUGAGGCAGACCCCCACAAAACUGCCUGGAGCCCACAGCCAGCCUGGUGGCUUCUUGUCUCCCAGGUUCAAGUACAGACAUCUUGAUGCAUCUAUUACUGUCCGGAGCCCCCAGUGCCCUGGGAUGGCUUCAUCUCUUUCCUAAAGGGUUAAGUAUUUCCCAAAUAAAAGAUUUACCUCUUUUUUGGCUCUCUGUGACUUCUGGAAUUGGGAUCUGGCAGGAAGCCCUAGGAAGUGAGUAGGAGAAAGGCAUAUUUCCCAGAAUCAUAGUUUCCAUGCCUUGAGAGCUGGAACUUCAGUUUGGCCUCCCCUUGCCCCUGACAAGGAGUGUGGAGUGGAAGAAGUUAGGGAGCUCAGAGACUAGAAGCGAACAAGGUGGCUGUGAUCCAGGUCAAUUCAAGCUGUCUCAGAAGAGCCAGAGUUUUCCCUCCUUCCUCUCCCCCCUUCUUGGGACCUAUAUGCUGAAGAACAGUGCAUGUAUCUCAAGGAGUGAUUUAUCAGGAGCUUUUCCUAAUUAAUGUGAUGAGCAAAUGCGAGUCUUAGUUUGGGACCUUCGACAUGCCAAUUGACAGGCACUUUGUGAACAAGGACAAAAGGCAACUCUUAAGCCUCGGUACCUGGGGUUCCACUCAAAAGACUUGACCAGGACCCUCGGGGGAGGAUGCCAAAAAGGAUCCCUUUUCCCAUCCUGUUCAGUUCAGAAGGCAAGAGAGGGACCCCAAGCUAAGAUUGAAUCCUUUCUUCCUGACCUCACGUCUGGGGCUUGUCCCAGACAACUAUAGGACCUCAAAGUCAGACAUUCCACCAAUCUUCUCUGGCUGGGUGCACAAAUGGAUUUGGGUUGGAACAAGUAGAAGGGGGCCAAGGUCAUUGCUCUCAACGUUUGUUAUGAAGAUGUUAGCAGCAAACCCACUAGCCAUGGCACGACGUUUUGUCCAGGGAAUAAGCUCAUCUUCUCCACUGAGAUCUUCUUGACUUUGCCCCGAAGCCUUGGACCUCUGAGGACCUCUGAGGACCGGGACCCUUGUCUUGGGUUUGAAGGGUGUGCUUUUCUCCCUGUUCUCUCCCCACCCCCAAGCCACAAAGAUAUCUUGGGUCCCUCCUCCCUUCAGUGGAUAAGUCAAUGGAUGGGAGAUCUCCACAACGGGGCAUUCCCUCCCAUGGUGCAGAUACAAAUACAGCUUCUUGCCCGGGGUCUUCCACAGAGGCUGGCCAACUCAGAAUUUGUGUCACAAGCCUACAUGUCCUCAGUGGUGUCCCUCCCUCCCCUUGCAGUAAUGCCUAUUUCUGUCCAGUUUGGAGGUUUAAAAAGCCCUUGGGGGGGGUGGGCAGCUGGGCGGCACAGUGGAUGGAACACCUGCCCUGGAGUCAGGAGUACCUGAGUUCAAAUCCGGCCUCAGACACUUAACACUUACUAGCUGUGUGACCCUGGGCAAGUCACUUAACCCCAAUUGCCUCACUUAAAAAAAAAAAAAAAGCCCUUCUGGGACUGCAGCAAGCAAGGAGUUCUCAGGCUGCUGUGGCCAUUUCCAGAGAAGAGACUGAAAGAAUUUAGAUGCUCAGGGAGUGUCUGCGGCCAGGUUCAAACCAGGAUUUCAAGCAUGCUGUGUAAAAAGUGCUAGUCAAGGGGCAGCUAGGUGGUGCAGUGAUAGAGCACCAGCCCUGGAGUCAGGAGGACCUGAGUUCAAAUCCAGCCUCAGACACUUGACACUUACUAGCUGUGUGACCCUGGGCAAGUCACUUAACCCCCAUUGCCUCACACAAAAAAAGAAAGUGCUAGUCACUAAGGGGUAUGAAGACAUUAAACCACAAAGGGUCCCUGGCCUCGUGAAGUUGGCCCUGCUGGGCCCUCCAUGACCCCUCUGCCCACCCAGAUGAUGCCCUUGUAGACCGACAUGUCUAGGGUUGGAAGGGACCUUGGGGGACAUCCUGUCCACGCUCUCAUUUAACAGAUGGGGAAACUGAGGCUCGGGGAUGCCAAGUGAUUCGCCCAAGAUCACCCUGGCAGUUAGUGGCAGAGCCAUACUUUGGAUCCAAGUCUGAUGACUUGGUCAACAAUUCUCAAAAGUUCCCCUCCCUGCAAACCCUGGCUCUUAAGAGAGACUCACAGUGCAUCAUGGGGCUGCCUUCUUUGCUCUUUCUCCCCCAGUGGCACAGCCUUUCAGAGCCCAUAUCUGCCCCCACAAUAAAAGGGGGUGCAGAGGAGGACAUUGGCCCAGGGACAACUGAUUUGCCCUCGCAUUGCCCCAAACUUGGGUUCUAACAUUUCAGAUGAGUCUUUGACACAGAUUUUGAGUAAAUCAAGCCCUCGCAUGUUAUCCCACACGGCCCUAGAUGCUGUGGUGUGCUGCUGGGAUAAGGAUGAGCUGUGGUAGGGUUCCUGUUGAGCAGUGGCCCUGGGUUCAAAUCCUGCCUCAGACAUGAGCUAGGUGACUCUGAGCAAAUCCCUUCCCUUCUCUGAGCCUCAGUUUUCUCCUCUGCAAAAUAGGUGGGUUGGAUUAGAGGAGCCAGCUCCAGAUGUAAUAUCUUUUUACUUUCCUUCCAGAAAAAGGUUCUGUUCACAAGGACCCAAGGGCAUCCAUACUUAAGCACGUGUGCAAAAGAAAUCACAGAGCCUUCCCUACCCACCCCCUCAUCUUUUCCCCCUCUGCGUGUAUGCCAUUAAAUUAUUUCAUAAACAUUCCAGCUGUGUCCGGAAUCACUGGGCAGUGAAGUGUUUCUGGGAUCCUUAGCUCAUAAAGGGACUAAU